GAACAUGAAUGUAACUUAACACGGGAAAUAGUGGAAUUAAUUGACAGGGAAGUUGAUCUUAUGUCAAGAGAGGUGAAAGAAUGCAACUUGGAAGGACUGAGGAAAAGAAUUUGUACGUUAUUUCUUCGGUAUAUUAAAACUCCAAAGUUUAACCCUGAAGUUGCUAGGAUACUUAAGGUUCCACCAGAUCCCUUAAAGCUUUAUAAAAAUGUUAACUUCUGUCAUAGUUGUGAAAAUUACUUACCAUCUACUGAGUUUCCUGUUCCUGCUAAUUCCCGCACCAUUGGCAGAUGUCGCUUGUGUUGUAAGCUUGAUAAUGAGGCUUCGCAACGAGAAGCAUUUUUGAAGUACAAACUUAUACUAGAAAAUCUCAGAAAGUCUGAAGCUGAUUAUCAGGAUGAUGCUAAAAUUGUUUUCUUAGUCCAGCAUCAAGAUCUACAGUACAUGAUUGAGAACAUAUGGGGCUGUCAGUCAGCUCUCAGUGCCUGCAGUGACCUCUAUGAUUUGUUUAUGGUCAGAUGGGAUAAGCAGCGUGAGUGGUCUCCGUGGAACACUAUUCUCCUCACUAAAGAUGAGGCAGAUGCACAUCUUAGGCUGUGUAACCUUCAGGAGGCUUAUGAAGCGGCAUUUAUUCACAGAAUAAAACACAAGCAUAUCCGGGCAAAAAACUACUUUGCUCAAAUUCCAGCGAUGGCAUCAUUUUUGCAUAAGAGUGACAAUCAGGCUAAUGCAAAUGAAUUUUUAAUAGCUAUGCCUAUUCCUACUGGUACAAAAAGAUAA